CUUGGUUGAGGCACUGACUUCCGGGUACUCCCACCCUGCCCUGCACACCAUUACAGGUGCUUCCUAGGUCAAAAGGAAAAGAAAACAGUGGGGGACCCGGUAGUGGCGGCGGUGGCGGCGGCUGCGGCGACAGCGGCGGCGAAAGCAGCCGGAUAGCUGACCAGAGCGGGAGGCGUCUGUAGCGGCCAUGGCGGCGGAUGGAGAGCGUUCCCCGCUGCUGUCCGAACCCAUCGACGGAGGCGCUGGCGGCAACGGUUUAGUGGGGCCGGGAGGGAGUGGGGCUGGGCCCGGGGGAGGCCUGACCCCCUCCGCAUUCCCCCCGUUCCCCGAGGGGCACCCAGCUGUGUUGCCUGGGGAGGACCCACCCCCCUACUCACCGCUGACCAGCCCGGAUAGUGGGAGCGCCCCCAUGAUCACCUGCCGAGUCUGCCAUUCUCUCAUCAAUGUGGAAGGCAAGAUGCAUCAGCAUGUAGUCAAAUGUGGUGUCUGCAACGAAGCCACUCCCAUCAAGAAUGCACCUCCAGGAAAAAAAUAUGUCCGAUGUCCCUGUAACUGCCUCCUUAUCUGCAAAGUGACUUCCCAGCGGAUUGCCUGUCCUCGGCCCUACUGCAAAAGAAUCAUCAACCUCGGACCUGUGCACCCAGGACCUCUGAGUCCAGAACCACAGCCCGUGGGUGUCAGAGUCACCUGUGGACAUUGCAAGAAUACUUUCCUGUGGACAGAGUUCACAGACCGAACCUUGGCGCGUUGCCCUCACUGCAGGAAAGUGUCAUCUAUUGGGCGCAGAUACCCACGAAAGAGAUGUGUCUGUUGCUUCUUGCUUGGUUUACUCUUUGUGGUCACUGCUACUGGCCUUGCUUUUGGCACACGGAAGCAUGCACGGCGGUAUGGAGGCAUCUACGCAGCCUGGGCGUUUGUGAUCCUGUUGGCUGUGCUGUGUUUGGGCAGGGCCCUCUAUUGGGCCUGCAUGAAGGUCAGCCACCCUGUCCAGAACUUCUCCUGAGCCCCACGAUGACCCACAGACUGUGCCUGGCCCCUCCCUGGUGGGGACAGUGACACUACCAAGGGAGCUGGGAUGACUCCCUGGGCUUCUGUGAGGAAGCCAAGCAGCUGCCUUCCUUUUCCCUGGGGAGAGGUAGGAAGGAACCAGGCCUUCAUUUGGUUUGGAGGGGUGGAUAAGACCAUUGCUGGCCAUCUGCUUUCCUCCAAGGAUUGCAGUUUAGGGUGAAGUAGGCAAAACGUCGCCCCUAAACCUGGGUCCUCAAGACGGUUCUAGCCUAGUUCUUCCUAUGUGCUCCCUGAACCCAUCCCUCUCCCUUACACAUUCCAGGGCAGGGUGGGGGUGGGUAGCCCUGGGGGUUCUUUUGCACCAUUAGGACCUUGCUGCUUCUAUUGCACUUCACCAGGGGCUGGCUCUGGCCCCAGUACCCUGUCUCCUCUCCCACAUUCCAUGUCCUAUGGGGGUGGGGUCAGCCGCUGCUUUGUACAGAACCACAGGAACUGGUGUGUAUAUAACUAUUUAAUUUGGGGUACGUUCCCCUAGUCCUGUACUUCCCUGAACUCCUCCUUCAAACCUUCCCUGCCCCCCAGUUGCAGUAUUAAACUGGGCGGGUAGGACUGCUGUCUUGGGGGAGGUUAGGGACUCACCCUGUGCUUGUAAAUAAAGAAGGUCAUGACUA